AUGACUGGGAUGGCACAUGCUGAUGCCACAGAGCAUGCAGACCCGGAGGUGUUCAACAUCGAGAACGCUUUGGAGGCUUUCCUCGCCGAUGUGGAUUGCAAAGAGCUCAAAUUCCCACCUUUGGACCCAGAUCAGCGCAAACAGGCCAAGAAGCUUGCAGAGAAGUAUCCAGAGAUCAAGUGUGAAAGUUAUGGUUUUGGGGAGGAGCGCAGACUUCAUCUCUUCAAGACCUCUGCAAGCUUGAAGGCUAGUCUGGUGAAGGAAGGUGGCAAGGAAGUACAUGGAGCAGAAUGCGCUUCGGAUCAGUCCACGGUCGUUUCAGGAGCAGCCUCGCCCGAGUCAAAAGAGGACGCAUCCCCCACUGCCUUGUUUGAAGAAGUUGCGGCGCUGCUGUCUAGUCUCUACCAGGUGCGAAACACCUUCAUCCACAUUGAGGAGAAGGGUGUUGUAGAUCAGCGGAACAUACAGUCCAUGCCCCAUGGAAUGUUUCGACAGCAUUUGCAAGAGGAAGCCGCCCAAAGCGCACAAGACUACGUGGAAGGUCCAGCCACUCCAACCACUGCUACGGCGACUCCUACUGAGCCUCAAACACCUACACUGCCCGUCGCGGAGGUCCCAGAGGCGAUCGAGGAGUUGGCUCCUGGUACGGAAGUGCUCAUUGAAGGACUACAGAAGUUCCCCGCCUUCAACGGCCUUCGUGGGACUAUCCAACUCCUAGACAAGGCUACAGGCCGCUACAACGUGCAGCUUGCUUCCGGCGACGGACCUCUGGAGCAGAUUGCGAAGAUCAAAGGCGAGAACCUCCGAGUGUUGGUGCCGCCACCUCCUCCAUUUGCGAGUGAACAACCGUCCAAGAUGCACGCGAGGGCACCCGACUUUGUGCCGAUGCACUGCAUGAGAAUGCCAAACAUGCAGCUGAACGCGCAGCCGAGCGUGCAGCCCACUAUGCAGCCAAACCCAACUUGGCAGGAGCCCGCUCUGACCAUUCAGCAGAGUUACGAUCCUAGCCAGUACUAUGCGUACCAGUACGCACCGAAGAUUGCAGCUCGUUGA